GGUCUGGAGAGAGGCCCGGGACCGCAUCGUGGGCUUCCCUGGCCGGUACCAUGCGUGGGACCUCCCUCAUCAGUCCUGGCUCUAUAAUUCCAACUAUUCCUGUGAGCUGUCCAUGGUGCUGACGGGUGCUGCCUUCUUUCACAAGUACUAUGCCUACCUGUAUUCUUACGUGAUGCCGCAGGCCAUCCGAGACGUGGUGGAUGAGUACACCAACUGCGAGGACAUCGCUAUGAACUUCCUCGUCGCCCACGUCACGCGGAAGCCCCCGAUCAAGGUGAGGCCCUGCACCAUGGGACUGCGCGUGCAUGCAAAACCCCCGGUCAAGGUGACAUCACGGUGGACUUUCCGAUGCCCAGGAUGCCCUCAGGCCCUGUCACAUGAUGACUCCCACUUUCAUGAGCGACAUAAAUGCAUCAACUUUUUUGUCAAGGUGUAUGGUUACAUGCCCCUCCUGUACACUCAGUUCAGGGUGGACUCUGUGCUCUUCAAGACCCGCCUGCCCCAUGACAAGACCAAGUGUUUCAAGUUCAUCUAGGGGCACUGCAAAUUUUGGGGAGAGGACAGGCAGAGUGACAGUGAUGGCUUCCAAGCUCCCAGGCAUUAAAGGACCUUGGGGACGUCUGCUGGGUGGGUGGCCCAGACCCUCUGCUGGGAGAAGCAGCAGGAAGAGUGGAAAGGAAAUAGCUGCCUUUAUCUUGAAGUCGGCCACACUGAGCCUGGUGCCCGGUCAGAAGACUUGGUGCUUCCACACGGGGCACUGACUGAUAGUGUACACUGAGGACCAUGACUCUGGAGAGUUACUCACAAGUUCCUAAGCCCAGGACAGCUGGUUUGUGGUUUUUAAACUCAAUAACAACUAUUAUUAUUAUUUAAAAAGAAAGUUUCAGAUCUGCCAUUCAAGGCUUAUUUAUAUAUGUGUGCGUAUGUAUACAUACAUGUAUAUACACACACACUCACAUACAUAUACAUACAUAGAGAUAUAUAUAUUUGGCGGGGGCAUUUGAAAUUUUUGCCUAUCUCUCCAAGAGAGGGACCCACCAGGCUCCCUACAUUCUGUAUUUUGGUGGAGAUGGAUUUAAGCCUUGUGUUAUCUUCAGUGAGUGUAGAAACAAGGAAAGGAUGGACUUGGCCUUCUCACGGGGCCCUGGCAAGACCAGGUCCCUCCGUCUGCUCUCAGCCCUCUCUGUUGCCAGUCAGUGGCUUGUCACUCAGCUUCUCUUCAUGGGGUGAUUGGGAAGGACCUGCACUGGUGCUGAGCAGCUGAGAGGCCUUCUGCUGACUCCAGUGGGUUUUGAGGAUUCAUUAGGCAGUGACAGUCACAGGAUUUACCUCUGCUGUGCCAUCUCUUCCUUGUUUGAGAGAGAGUAAGCAAGCAAAGAAUGAGGCCUGCACUGCCCAGUGGCUCUUUGUGGCUCCUCUCAUUACAGCAUGCUAUACUUUGGGCUCCAGGCUUCCUGAGUGUCCUCUUGCAGAUGAGACAGCAGGAGGACGUGGGCUUCAUUUCCAGGUGCAGUCUGAAGGUGCACAGGCAGGGAAGUUCUCUGUGGUGUAGGACAAAGUGAGUGCCCUUUGAGAGACCUACCCGGCAGGCCGGGAAAUCUUAGAGCAAGGCGCCUGCCUUGGGAUAAUACCUUGGUGAAAUUCACCUUUCCCCCACCCUGGGCCUCCGUCCUGUUACCUGUGGUUUUUGGACCCCUAAUGCUAGGUUGGCUGUAAGACUCCCUGAGGUUUGGUAUGUGCUAGAACCAUGGCAUUCACAUCCCACAUUACCACUUCCCACUACUGUUUAAAUUUCUGUUCCCUGGGCUAACUUGGGUCAUGGUGGCAAUAGGGAAAUGAGGAGGGUGUUAGUGUGGUUUGUCAGGGAUUUUGCCCGUGACUUCUCUGUUUUCCAAGCCCCACUUUCUUGAAGUGGAAUGGAAUAUAGGCUUCCGGCAACUGAACAAAGCUCAGGUCUGUCCUGGUCACGUACAUGCCUUAAGCCAUUCUGUCUUCCCUAGACCUUGACAUCCUGUGCUUCUGUUUCUUGGGUACAUUCACUUCUGGCUUGCCUAUACCAAGUGAGUUCUCUUCAAGUAUCAUUUGAAGCCUGGCUCUUUCAUGUAGCUCCCAUGCAUGGUAUGGCUGGUGUGCAUAGGAACUCUCCCCAUUGGCAAGCAGGACCAGGCCGCUCUUUGGCCUGUGUCUCCCUAGUGCCUACUGGCACCUAACUCCUGCUGAGACUACCUGGGAAAUUUGGUUAUGCUGAGCAACCCAGCAGAGGGGUCCAGACUCCCUGUAUCCUAAUUUUCUGUCUGUUCCUUGACUUUUGACUUUUUUUUUUUAGAAGUAGCCUUCUUCCCUCAGGGGAGCCAAAGAGUGUGGUGUUUUGAGCUAUAUAUGUGGCUGCUAUUUUAUCCUGUUUCUUUUAAUGUGAGGAACUUGUAAACAGACACAGUUGGACCUGAUGAGACAGGAGCAGUGUGUGAUAGGAGCCCCUUCAGUGGGGCCGAUCUGUGGGUCCCUGUAGGUCAUUGGUCACUCAUCAGUGCCACUGACAUGUGCUGUGGGAUGGCUAUGAUGUCAGAGCCUCCAACAGGGAUAGCACUCUCUGGGCCUGACAGGAACCUGAAAAGCAUCCUCUGUGGACACUGUGUUCCUGAAGGUUUCAGUAGUGAGAGCAGAGCUGGGUUAGGUGCCUCUGGGAAUUGCUGCCACUCUGUAAGGCUGGAGAGGGAGCCCUGCUUUCCAUUCUGCUCACCAUGGGACCCCCUCCCCACCACAGGGCCUUCUGAUGCGGGAAAGUAGCUCCUCGGAUGCCCACAGGUCACUCCUCGAUACCUAGUCCCAGCUCCCAGGGCAGCCUGUUUUCCAGUUAGCCAGUUGGCGCUUUACCUUGAGGGCAAGGCCACCAUCAGUGACAGCCUCCCCAGUGCUCAUCAGGCCACACUGAGCCUUUGCCCUGAGCCGUGCUUGUGUGGUGUGGACAAUGGGCCCGUCUGGGAGGAUGGGUGUGCCUUUCAGGAUUUCCUGGGCACGGGAGUUCCUGGUGAGAUGCUGCUCUGAAGGGGCUCCAAUACCAUGCCAUGCCCAUCCUCUCCACCCUUCUCCAACCAUGAGCACAAUGGUCUUACAUUGGAUUUUUGUAAAAAAACAAAAACAAAAUAAAUGGAGACUUUAACUCAAGCAGCGUGGAUGUCUUUUGUGAUUGUCCUCAGCAGGAACAGAAGAGUGACCUGAAACAAGGUGCGUGUCUGGUUCCAUGACCACUAGUGCAUGACCAGCUGGGAGCACUGCUGAGUCAGACUGGGCCAUCUGACAGGCCACAGAGCAGUCUGGGAGCUGAGCGAGGGGUGCUUGCUGUCAUGCACGGGCAGCAGCCUUGCCAGUGUCCAUUUCUGGGAUGAGUCGUUUUGACCAGAGAGGCACAUAGGUGUCAUUGAUUUAGUGGGACCGGGCACACACCCAUACACUUCAU